AUUCGCGUUUCUUAGGCGACUCGUUCAAGGACGAACACAAAUCAUAUGUUAUUACUUCUUUAGAAAUCCAAUUUGAGAUUUGAAGGUUAUUUUUCUUAUCCAUCACUUGGUAGGAAUUUUGUCCAAAUAACUUUCUGGACAAAGUUUCUACAGCAAUCUAUUAUAUUCAACUAUACUCAAGUUGAUAAGUAAUGGCUUCAAAAAUGCAAGAGCUGCCUCCUCCAGAAGGCUACCAGCCUCUAAAUUUUGCAAGAAAACCUGCGAAAAAAUUCUUGCCAGCUAAAGCACUGGUAGCCUUAUACCUUACCGGGGUUUGCUAUGGCACGUACAUGUUGAAGCGCAACAUAACCAAUUAUGAUAAAAAACUCGUUGAAGAACGAAGCUCCAUGUUGGCUCUUUUGCCUAUGAUAUUUGCUGAAAGAGACAGAGAAUACUUGAAACAGUUGCGUCGUAACUUCGAUGAAGAAACGGAACUGAUGAAGAAUGUAGACGGCUGGGUUGUUGGAACCUACUAUGGAGAACGGGUGUUCAAGACUCUGCCCCCCGACACUCUCUACAAGCGAAACAUGAAGGAAUACUUUGCGCAUGCCGACGAAGAGGCUUACAUGAAGAAGUCCAAACUGUUCCUCUUCUCAUAGAUUCAAAGCUUUGGCUUUUCCACUGGAAGUUAUGCUCGACGCUCGUGGAGGGAGAAUAAUUUUCAGUGAAAAAGCCCGUAAAAUUUUCGAAGUGAGACGUAACUGGGAAAACAUCAUGUAACGGUGUGCGAGCCUCGUUCCUCUGAAUGGGUUCAUUUACCAUUCAGAGGAAUAAAUUGACAAGUUUCAGUUACCAGUAAUUUUUAUCUAGUUGAAUAGGAAAUCAAAUUUAACAACUUGACUGCCAUGAGACCCCAAUUGGGGUCUCGGUCGAUUGUCACUGUGGGCCAUGCUGAAAAACUAUGAAGUGUUACACCUGGUCACAAGCAUAAGACAUCUUAAAUUGAUAAUAAUGAAUUUUGUGUGUCAUUUCGUAUUCAAUAAUGUGCAGAAAAACAAUUCCAAGCGUUCUAAAGCCUGAGACCCCAUAUGUGAUCUCAUGGCCUCCCAGUGCCAUAUGUUUCAAGCAACUCUAGUAAUCAUGGAGCUUUUUGGGAGUAUAAACUAAUAAAUGAGGUUUUGGUGGGAAUCAAUCAUUUAUCAAGGAGUAAGAGAUAAUUGUAAGAAUAAAAAAUGGUAAUUGUGAAUAGCAAGUUAUUAUAUUUAUUAAAAAAUUAGUCACAAUUGAAAAAUAAACAUUUACAACAGUUUCUUCAUAAA